GAUGAUGCUGUCGCCGGAGGACCAGCCAGGUCUGCAGUAACACAGCCUGGCCUGAGAUGAUGCUGUUGCCGGAGGACCAGGCAAUUGAGAGCAGCGGGUUCAUGAGCUGGUCGCCCUCCGGAGGGAGGAUGGGUGCAAGUGGAUUGAAUACACUGGUGCGGACCCUGUAUGCACUGCAGGAGGAGCGUGUUGAAGCUUAUCGGCUUUUUGAUCUAGGACACCAGGCGUAUCUCCGCUCCGCUCCCAACUAUGACUUUAUCAAAUACAGGCAGCUCGUGCACGAAAUCACCCAGGCAUUUAACCGGAUCUCAAAAGAAGUGAUUCAGCUCAAGGACCGGUUUCACGAGGAGUAUGAUCGCCCCGAUCUCUCUGAGCACAUCGAGAGAGUUCAGGAACGGGAACGGGAAAAGCUGGAGCUGACUGCCAGGCUACAGCUUGCCAAGCAGAAUAUGUUGGACCAUCCAGGCAAUGAGACCUACCAGGAGGAGGUUCAAGAGUUGAAGCACAGGAUUAGGAAAACAAUUGAGGCAAUUAAUGAGAUUCUUCAGGACUUCAAAUACGAUUCAGAGGAGAUUGAAGCCAGCGGAUAGACUUGCUCUCACCACUGUUGAAGAUCUGUUAGAGACCCCAGCAUCACCAUGUCCCACAAACUGCAUCUCCUAAAGCUGGAGUUUCUGCAGCUUUCACAUUCUCUUCAUCACUUGUUGGGAACUUUGCAUUGUCACAGUUGGCCCCAGUAAUUCCUUGCUCCCAAGAUGCAGGGAAAGAACAAGCAGAGGGAGACCUAUUUCUGCAAAGAUCUUUGAACAAUUUUCCCUUACUCUAGAGGAACCAGAUUCAUUCCAUGCAUCCAAAAAUUCAGCAAGGCCUCAGCCCAGAACUUAACCAGUGAUGGAAUUACUGAAUCACCUGUUUCUUCAUUUGCACUUGCUGUUCAUUCACUGUAUAAAUUGUUCAGGGAAAUAAAUGACUGUGCUUCUUGUCACCUAUUUCAAACUGCAACAUCUGUUUGCUGUUGCUUCUGCAUUAUGACAGGAUAAACAUGCAUUCUCUAAAUAAUCUCAAAAUGGUUAACUGUUUGGUGGACAAGCACUGCAGUUACUGAACACAGCAAGAUUGGAUAAACUGCAGUGAGAUGAAGUAACUGAUCUGUUUUAAUGCUGUGGGUUGAGGGAUGAAUAUCAGCGAGGAUACUGGAGGACCCCCCAUUUCUUGUUCGAAAUAGUGGCUGUGGAAUCUGUCACAUUCACUUGAAGACAAACAGGUCGCAGUUUAAUGCUUUAUUUGAAAGAUCGCAUCCCUGACGGUUCAGUACUGCACUGGGGCUGUCAGACUGGACUAUCAGCUCAAGUCUCUGGAGUGAGACUUGAACCCACAACCUUAAACACUGUUUUCCAAAUAUUUUCCCCAUUUUGCUGCUAGAAAGUUAUCGUGUCUCCUUUGAGAACUGAGAAGGUGAGUUUGGGGCUGUGAGGUCCUGUGAAGAUUGAGGCCAGGGAAAAGAUGGUUGAGAGGGAGGUAGCCGAAGUGGAAUCCAUUGCUAUGUCUGGGCUCAUAACUUCACUUGGGAUCCCAAACCUCACUUUGGGAAUCCCUGACUUAACUGAUCAUUAACAGCGUAAUGCCAGGCAUUAAACAGCAUUUGUAUAAUCACAUGAUAACACUUUGAACAGUGUCUCUGGUAAUGGAGAAAUGUAAUGUUGAGGUCCCAAAAGUGAGUGUCCUUUUCAUUAUGGACAGUAUUUGGCCUGUGAGCCACAUGACUUUGAAUUAGUAACUCAGCGAUGUGCUUGGCCUUCACUAAUACAAUAGUAGACCUUAUGGCACUACAGCGACCCUGACCUGAUGGGGGACCAGUCAAUCUGUUAAAGACCACGCUGUCCAGCCAUUCCCAGACUGAUUGCAUCGUACAGGCAGACCAAGGCUGACGGCUCCCUCCCGGCCAGUCCCAGGCUGAUGGCUCCCUCCCGGCCAGUCCCAGGCUGACGUCUCCCCGCCAGCCCGUCCUAGGAUCACUGCACCCUUUGGCCAGUCCCAGGGCAACAGCUCCCUCUGGCCAGUCUCAGGCUGAUGGCUCCCUCCCAGCCACUCCCAGGCUGACGGCAUCCUUCGGCCAGUCCCAGGGUCACUGCACCCUCUGGCCAGUCCCAGGCUGACGGCAUCCUUCGGCCAGUCCCAGGGUCACCGCACCCUCUGGCUGGUCCCAGGCUGAUGGCUCCCUCCCGGCCAGUCCCAGGGUCACUGCAGUCCCAGGCUGACGGCUCCCUCCCGGCCAGUCCCAGGGUCACUGCACCCUCUGGCCAGCCCUAGGCUGAUGGCAUCCCCCCCGGCCAGUUCCAGGCUGACGGCAUCUUCCCAGCCAGUCCCAUGUCGCCCACAUCCCCCCGGCCAGUCCCAGGGCGACCGCAUCCCCCCGGCCAGUCCCAGGGCGACCUCAUCCCCCCGGCCAGUCCCAGGGCGACCUCAUCCCCCCGGCCAGUCCCAGGGCGACCGCAUCCCCCGGCCAGUCCCAGGGCGACAGCUCCCUCCGGCUAGUCCCAGGCUGACCAAAUUCAAAUAUAUAAGAUCCUGAGGGGCUUGACAGGUAGGUGCUGAGUGCGUGAUUACCCCUGUGAACCUGGAACCAGUGCCAGAGCUUAAAAAUAUGGUGUCUCCCAUUUAGCAAAGAAAUUCCUCUGAGGAUCAGAAAUGUAUUAAAUUCUCUGCCCCAACGACAGUGGAAGCUUGGUCUUUGAAUAUAUUCAAGGAGGUGGUUUGACAGAUGAAAGAGGCAGGUGUUAUGGGGUCAGCAAGAAAGUGGUGUGAAUGCCACAUCGAGUUAGCUAGGGCUGAUACCUCGUCAGUAACAUUCAUGCAACAGAACUGCCAGGCAAUGACCAUCUCUACUUGACGUUUAGUAGCAUUACCAACGCCCAGUUCCCCAGUACCAAUACCCAAGGGCUUGCCCUUAAACAGAAAGAGAACUGGACCAGCUAUGUAAACACUGAGGCUGCAAGAUUGUGUUGAAGGAUGGAAUUGCGCAGUGAGUACCUCACCACUUGAUUCCACAAAACCUGACCCCACUGAGGAAGCACUAGUCAGGAGUGUGAUGGAACACUCUCCACUUGCCUGGAUGGGUGCAGCUCCAACAUCUAUACCUUACCAAAUCAAAGCAUCCCCAUUGGUGCCCCACCCUCCAAUGAUGUUCACUCUCUUUGCUGACAACUCGUGGCAGCAGCAUGUACCAUCUACAGGAUGCACUGCAGCAAGGCUCCUCUGGCACCUUCUCCUGAACCACCCAGAAGGACCAUGACUUCAGAUUGUGGGAGCACCACAAUCUGUCAGUUCCCCUGCAAGCCACUCACCAUCCUGACUUGGAACUAUAUCACCAUUCCUUUAGUGUCACUGGGUCAAAAUCCUGCAAUUUGCUUCCUCGAUCAUACUGAUUUCAGGAGCUGAACUGCUGACACAGCCAGUGAUGUUAACGUCCUGUGAACGACUGAAUAAAGAAGCAAAAAGCCAUCAUCUUCUUGAAUGGUGUUGCAGGUUUGAGGAGCCAAAUGGCUGUCUCCUGCUCCUAUUGACAUUAUCAAAUCCUUUAAUUUUUUUUAUUCAUUCAUGGGAUGUGGGCAUCGCUGGCCAGCAUUUAUUGCCUAUCCUUGGAUGCCCUAAUGAUCAGUGCAGGAAUUUAUUCUGCCCUGUAUAACACAAACCCUCCCCAAACCAGGAGGGGCACAAAUUGAUCCUAAAACCCCACAGCACCCAGAGGUGGCAUCUCCUAACUCUCAGUGCCUCUUCUGUAUGGCUGAGAACCUGCUGGAGCAGUUGAACUAUCUGUGAAUGUGUGAUCCAACAAUCAAGCUUCCAAAACUGCACACUAUUGCUGUAAAGAGAAUUUUGCUUCAAAGAAAAAUCUUCAACCAUUUGACAACAUUAAAUGUUGUGCCAGGUUUAUUACAAAGUAAAUAAAUGAUCAAUCCCGUA